AGAGGUGUGUGACCAUUUUAGAUUAAUAUCUGUGGUCUGUGACUGAUUUAUUCUCUCUCUUUAGAGUUUAGAUGUAUCUGUGAUUUAUUUAUUAUUUAAUGUGGGCUUUUAAUGUAAAUAAUUUUUGAUUGUGAAAUUAUGAUGAACUUGUGCUUGUUUAUACUAUAUUUAGCCGAGAGUUAGAUAAACCUAAUUUAAACUCAGUAAAGUUUAAACCAUGAAAAUUUCAGAAGUGAAACAGCAAAUUUAUGAUGCUUGUGAUUCAGUCAGAACUUCCUGAUUUUAUGUAUUGUUUAUUUAAUAACAUACAGGAUGGGCUCUUGUUAUUGAAAUAUUUUAAUUAUAAAAAAUAACACUGGAAGUACGUGUUCAGAUAACUGUAUUCUAGAUAAAAAAUAUUGCAAAAUGGACAACGAACUCGUAGAUAUAUCAACAAGUUUAAAACUCCAAUUCGGUUAUGGAGUUGGGCACAUUUUAAACGAUGUGUGUGCAAGUUUAUGGUUUUCUUAUUUAUUAGUAUUCUUUCAUUUAGUCUUAGAAUUUGGUGCAAGCCAAGCUGGUAAUUUAAUGUUAAUAGGACAAGUGGUAGAUGCCCUUGCUACCCCCUUUGUAGGAUAUCAUUCAGAUCAUACUGAUAAUUCAGUAAGUAGGAAGUUUGGGCGGAGAAAACUUUGGCAUCUCUUUGGUACAGCAUGUAUAUUGGCCUCAUUCCCAUUUAUUUUCUCAUCUUGCAUUGGGUGCUCAAUGACGCAUAAAUGGGCUCAAAUGUUUUACUUUGCCUCCUUUAUAAUUAUAUUUCAAGUUGGGUGGGCUGCUGUUCAGAUAUCCCACUUGAGCCUAAUUCCAGAACUAGCAGAUGAUGAUCAUACAAGAGCACAUCUUACAGCUGUAAGGUAUGGAUUUACAGUGUUCUCCAAUUUGUUUGUUUAUAUUACCACUUGGCUAGUAUUACAUAUUACUGGAGAUUGUGACACACAGCAAGUGGGUCCAGCAGAUGCUUGGAAAUUCCGCCACAUUGUGUACAUAGUGCUCACUGUGGGGAUUGUAGCUACGAUAGUUUUCCACCUGACAGUGACAGAAAGGCUGAGCAAUCGGCGACCCGAGCAGCUUAUUGAUUAUGAUAAUAAUGAGCCUGUGGGUAUUGGAACACAUUGCGAAUUUCUUAGGAAACCUAUUCUUUAUCAGAUAGCUGGAAUAUAUAUGAGUACAAGACUUGCUGUGAAUGUGUCUCAGGUUCUGAUUCCUUUAUAUCUUCAUAGAACAUUGGGUCUGGCUGCUCGUACACUGGCUUUAGUGCCUUUGGCAAUUUACCUCGGGAGCCUAGCAGCAGCUGGAGUACAGCGGAUAGCUCCAAGGUCUUGCAGUCGAAAGCUAAACUAUUUUGUGGGAUGUGCAUGUGCACUGGCCGGUUUUGUGUGGAUUCGUUUACCCUCUGAUGAUAAUUAUAAAACCUAUUUCAUAUAUUUAGUUGCAGUACUCAUAGGUUUUGGUGGAGCUGUUAUGUUGGUGACGAGCCUUUCUCUCACCGCUGACCUGGUGGGCCCGAGGACUGAGGCUUCGGCCUUCGUCUAUGGUCUCAUGAGCUUCACCGACAAACUUGCAUGUGGGGUCGCAAUCGCUAUCAUACAAAUGUAUGCAGAUGGCUCCGGUGUUACGUACUAUCGCGACGUGCUGUCAUGGGUGUGCGGCGGGAGCGCAGUGUUUGGUCUCGCACUUACCCUGCUGCUAUCUAAAUUCCAUGACAACGCCGGCGCGAUAGAACACUCUUCUAUCAACUAAUUUGAGGCACCAACAUCAACAACUGCAGAUGUUUUAUAAUGAUCAGCCAUUUAGGGAUAAUUUUAAUGUAAAGGGUACCUACAUAUUUGUUAUAUUAACCUAACUCUUCAGUGAUAUUAUUAUAACACAUUAGAGUGUAUUAGUGAUAUUAGGACAAAACACACAUUGUACAUUCUAAUAGUAUUGUAACUUUAUAUUUACAUGACAUUGUGAUUUA